AUGGAAAACAACACCUACUUCUCCGAGACCAGUAUCGCCAACAUCCUUAUCAUCCCGCAUGCGGUUCUCAGUUUUGUUGCUACAGUGUUUGUUGGAUUGCGAAUAUGGACCUCGCGGUACAUUGCAAAGACUAGGGCGCCUAUUGAGGAAUGGGUCUCUGUAGCUGCACUGAUCGCAAACCAUUUGUUCUUAAUCUCUGAAGGCAUCGCUGUGCACUUCGGUUAUGGGGAAAAUAUUAUUGUAGUAACGAAUGAGUAUGGGGGCGUGUCUCAUUUUCUUCGGUCUUUUAUUGCUUGCGAAAUCUUAUACGGGAUCUCGUGCCCCUUGUCCAAGAUGGCUGUUCUUGCUAUGUACUAUCGCAUCUUUUCAACAUCCCGCGUCCUUCGGUACUGUACGUGGGCAAUGGCUGCUAUGAUGGCAGGUUGGGGAGUCUCUGUGAUUACAGUGAGCAUAUUUUCUUGCGACCCUAUUAAAGGUUGGUGGGAUAAAACCAUACCAAGCAAAUGCAUCAACACGAACAAGUUUUAUAUCGGGAUCACUAUACCGAAUAUCCUGUUUGAUAUCGGCACUGUCGUGCUUCCAAUUCGGGAAGUUUGGCAUCUGCAGUUAAAAAGGGACAAGAAAUGGGCUAUAACUACUAUAUUCUUACUGGGUGGCAGUGUUGUGCUCGCCUCCAUUGCGCGCCUUGUUCUCUUCUUGAUUUAUAAAGACUCACAAAAUCCUACGCAAGCCAUCCCUUUUGGCCACCUCGCAUCGUCCGUCGAAGUCUGUCUUGCGAUCAUUGCCGCCUGCCUACCAUCUUGUGCUCCGCUUUUGAAGCGCAUGAUAGGGAGCCUCCUCACUACAGUUAGAAGCUCGGGGCAAGGCAAUACAGAGGAUAGCAAGAAAGGAACUCUUGUCACGAUAGGCCAUAAGCACAGUCGCACGGCUAUCAUCUCGCGUACACAUAGAGACAAUGAUCUAGAAGGUUCUUUUGAACGUCUUGAUGAUAAUGGAAGUUUGCAAGGCUCAACCGAUGACCUGUAUAUUAACGGCUCUCAAGAAACUGAUAACAAGUCCGGAAAGUGGAACCGAGGGAGUGAUAUCCACGGUUUGGUCAGGAGUGAUGGAGAGCAAAUUCCUAUGCAUAACUUAUAA